AUGGCCACCGUCGAUGACGGGGCCUUUGAUGUCGAUUCGGCGGAAGAGGGAGACGUUGACAAGGCCAUGCUUGGAGACUACGAAUGGGCAUGGGCACAAGAUGGAAGGACCUGGGUGCAGACCCUCGCCGAUUCGGCGUGUUCUGGGAUCAGUCGCAUUGGAGGUGGCAGUGAAGGCCGCAGGAUAUACCCACCAUGGUGA